CGAGAAAUGGCGUUCAUGAUAUGUAGAUCGAUCGAAGAGGGAGUUAAAUACGGGGAGUCUCGCCCAUGUGCAAAGAAAACCCUGAAUUACCCACUCUCAAGCAGAGAGCUGAACAUAUGUUGUCUCAAAUCUUGAAGUCGUUCGUGGUCGCGCUGGUGGUCAGCGCGACCACCGCGUCGGCACAGAAUUCUGGCAAUUCGCUCGUGAGCCGCAGGCUCACCGAGUAUCUGAUGCCGGUCGCUACGGAGACACAUGAGUUUGCACGCGUGCCGAACUCGAAUUUCGUGCUGUUGACGCAGAUGUCUGACAGCGAGUUGAUCAAAAUCGAGCUAGAUGCCACCACCGAAGAGCCCAUUGCUUUCCAAUCGUUCCCUUUGGGAAAGAACAGCAGUUCUCAACUACACGGCGUCUGGCCUUCGACGGUGCACCCCGGCAUGAUGUGGUUGUCGCUGCAGGCCGACAACAAGUUGCUCCUCGUGGAUCCUGGCCAGAACCUCACCACUGCGCCGUCCAUCAUACAGACGAUCGACAUCCCGGCUCCAGGAAACGGCCCGCAUUGCGUCUUUGAGAUUGGCAACCGCGUCUGGGCCGGCCUCAAGGUGGCAUCCGAGCAAACGGGCCAGUAUUACGUCUUCUCCGCCGAUGUCUCGAACUCCACGGAUCAGAAGUUAUACCAAUGCCUCAAAAGCCCCGUAUUCAUCAAGGAAGAGCCUACCACCGGCUUCAUCUACGUCACCCAAGAUUCGGACUCGUCCAUUAUGCGCAUCAAUGUCACCAGCGGCGAGACGACCCAGCUGCCCAUCCCGCCCAGCGUCGGCAACAACGCCGUCGGAAUGAUCACGGCCUACGGUCCCAUGAGUGGCGUGUGGUUUACUCUCGCCGGCAAUGCCACCGGCGGCACCGGCACCUUUGGCCAUAUCGGAUCCACUGGCGAGAUGAAGUUCUUCCAGCUCGAGCACCCAAUGCUCGGCGCCAAUGCCGGCUUGUUGCACCUCGCCGACGCGUCGAGCGUAGCCGGCGGCCCAGCCUUGUGGCUCUUGUCGACCUCGCUGCUCAGCACUAAUUCGCCCGAUGCCCUGAUCCGCGUGACUUUUGAUGCCGGCGUCACCUCCGUUUCCGGCGAGGAGUACAUCUCCAUGCUCACCCAAAACGCCAUGGUUCACCGCGUCUUGCCCUUGGAUGCCACGGUUUUGGUUUCUGAGCUGCACACUUUCACCCUCGCUCAGCUCUCGUACAACAACACCAUUGCCGGGCAGUGGCUGCCAGCUGAGUCUGUUAGCAACGCGACAUAUACCCAGCCCGGUUAGAGAGGAGUCUCCCGAUGGAAAGCCUCUACAUAGAUUACAUAGCCACUUUGUGGCCGAUAGAUUACUUAAAAUCUAAUUCAAUCACAUUAUAAACUUUGAUCUUUUGUGCUUGAAGUUUGGAACUUCAAAUUUGGCAAUAAAUUUCCAGGGAACAUGCCAACUCUCCUUGAUCACCGAAGAUGUGAGCUAAUAAGCUCGUCGCGUUGAUUUCGUCUAGUUUAUCAAUGAAUUAGCCUAAUUCACUCAUAUCACGACUACUUUUGACAUGGUGCUCCCCCCUUUGAACAGGGGCAUCUGCGUGUAUGACUUGAUGAGCGG